AUGAUUUCCAACGCCGUAAAAUCCAUGCUGAAGGAAGUAGAUUAUAACGGUAGCCUGAUCCCUGUGUCCAGUCUGAACGACAGCUCCGGUAAACUGAAUCUCCUCUCACUCAUUGUGAAGACCAGGCCCAGAUUGGGAUGCUUCUGGCAGGAACCGAAAUACCAGUCCAGAGGCUUUACCCUGAGUGAUGUGCUGAAGCCUGGAAAGCUUGAAGAACCUAAAGACAAACCUUUUAACCCAGGUAAACACUGCAGCCCCUCCAGCAGGGUUGCCAGGUCUAGCUAAAAUGUACCUAAAUAAAUCUGUUUUGCGUUUGUGCAUAACUAUAGAUAAAUCUGCCAGGAGAGUUUGAGUGAUGAAAGUUGAAUCGAGGAUCUCAAACACUUGGACUAACUUUUAAAAAAUGAAUGUUAGACUAUUUUCUGGCAAUUGUGCCAUUAUUUUGUGCCAGAUGUUAAGACUACAAACAGUUAUAAAUGGCCCAUUUGCGAGAUUGACUUUCAUUAGGUAUAGGCAUAGGCUACAGACUAAAAUAUGGAUUUAUGAUUGUGAUUCAACUUUGCCAUGGUUUGCUUGAUAGAUGCAGGUAGCCUAUAGCCCCUGAUAGGCCUACAUCUUAUUUCAGAUAGUCUACAGUAGCGUAGGCAAGAUGUAGACAAGAUGUAAACUGAACGAUUUAGGAGUUUGUGUUACGCUAUGGUUAAACCCAGCACUCAGAGAAACAAAACAUGACUAAGGGAGUGGAAGAAACAAAAAUUAUUUUAAUAAAAGUUCAAUUUGUCUUAGUCCAAAAACAACUGAAGAAAAGGAACAGAGUGGGCUAGUCGGCUCCGGAGGAAGGAGAGGCUGAGGCAGGCAGGCAGGCAGGCAGGCAGGUUGGGGGGUAUGUCUGAAUGCUCUAGUAAGAACAACGAUCUGGCGCCGGUGGAGAGCCAUGCCCAGGAAUUAGUAGUGCAGGUUGAUGAGAGAAUAGGAUGCAGCUGCGUAGGCAGGAAUCACUGGAAACAACCCGCAGCUGCACAGGAGAGGCAGAUCCUGAGCACGCCCCCCGAUCCACUCCAGACACACACCGGCAGACGCACCAACAUAAUGGGGACAAACACACAUACAGAUACAACAGACAAAGAGGGGACAAAACCAGGAGGAAGGGAAACAGAAAAGGGAGAGACAAGCUGCCCACAUAACAGUACCCCCCCCCCUCAAUGGUCGCCACCUGGCGACCCACCAGGCCUGUCAGGGUUGUCGUGAUGGAAGUCCGUGAUCAGCUGAGGAUCCAACACAAAACGCUUAGGGACCCAAGACCUCUCCUCUGGUCCAUAACCUUCCCAAUCGACUAGGUAUUGGAGACCCCUACCCCGCCUCCGAGAGUCCAGGAGCCUACUGACGGUGUAGGCCGGAUGGUCGUCAAUGAGGCGAACAGGUGGAGGUGGAUCUACCGGCGGACACAAAAGGCUGGAGGACACAGGUUUCAGUUGGGAGACGUGGAAAGUAGGGUGUAUCUUCAUGGCUGAAGGCAACUUCAAACGAACCGCAGCGGGGUUAACGAUGGACUCCACCACAAACGGACCCAGGUACCGAGGAGACAGCUUGCGUGAUUUGGUACGAAGAGGUACGUUCUUUGAUGACAGCCAAACUUCUUGACCAGGAUGAAACACAGGUGCGGGAGUCCUGCUCCUAUCCGCUGUCGUCUUGUUCCUGUCGGUGGUCCGAAGCAACGCUUCCGAGCGUCGCUCUACACUCUCUGGCAGCGGCGGAGGUUCUCCUGAACCGAAGGAACAGCCAAUUCCUUCUCCUGAGCAGGAAACAGAGGGGGUUGAUAACCCAUGGUUACCUCGAAGGGUGAAAGGCCGAUGGCAGAGGUGGUGAGGGAGUUGUGGGCGUACUCUAUCCAAGGCAGAUGUUUGGCCCAGGAUGAUGGAUGUUGAGCAGCCACACAACGAAGGGUUGCUUCGAGGUCUUGAUUGGCUCUUUCUGUUUGACCGUUGGUCUGGGGAUGAAACCCUGAGGACAGACUAACGGAAGCACCCAAAGCAGAACAGAAAACCUUCCAAACACGGGAAGUAAACUGUGGGCCUCUAUCAGAUACGAUGUCCACAGGUAUUCCAUGGGGACGGAAUACAUGUUGAACUAGGAGGUCCGCUGUCUCACUGGCAGACGGUAAUUUUGGUAAUGCUAUAUAGUGAACAGAUUUAGAGAAUCUGUCCACAAUGGUAAGUAUAGUAUCAUUACCUUCAGACUUGGGUAGGCCGGUGACAAAAUCCAUGGCUAUGUGGGACCAGGGACGGCUGGGAACUGGGAGGGGUAACAGCAGCCCCGAAGGGGACUGGUGGGAGGCUUUGCCCCGAGCACAGGUUGAACAGGCUGCCACAAAAGCCCGAACGUCAGUUUCCAUUGAAGGCCACCAAAAAUGUCUCUUAAGCAGCGUCAACGUGCGUCUCAUCCCAGGGUGACCAGCAAAACGGGAGGUGUGAAUCCACUGCAACACCUGAGACCGGACCGUCUCGGGAACAAAGAGUAGGUUGGGAGGUCCAUCACCCGGUCCCGGGUCCGUGGCAAGUGCAGUCUUCACAAGAGACUCGAUCUCCCACUGUACUGCCGCCACGACGCAUGAGGAAGGUAGGAUUGCCUCAGGCUCGCUGGUCUCCGAAGGGUCAGCAAACUGGCGGGACAAAGCAUCUGGUUUAACAUUUCUUGACCCCGGUCUGUAUGUUAGAAUAAAGUUAAACCUACUAAAAAACAGGGCCCAUCUGGCUUGGCGUGAGUUGAGUCUCUUAGUGGCUUGGAUGUAAGCCAAGUUUUUGUGGUCUGUCCAGACCACAAACGGCAGUUCAGCUCCAUCCAGCCAGUGCCGCCAUUCUUCCAGUGCUAGCUUGACCGCCAGCAGUUCCCGGUUUCCAACGUCGUAAUUCCGUUCUGUGGGUGACAAUUUCUUGGAGAAAAAAGCACAGGGGUGAAGCUUUUGGUCAGUGGGGGAGCGCUGGGAGAGGACUGCUCCCACACCUGAGUCAGACGCGUCCACCUCCACAAUAAACUGCAGAGAGGUAUUGGGGUGUAUCAACACGGGGGAGGUGGAAAACAGUUCCUUCAAAACCCCUACCGCCUGCUCCGCCUCAGGGGACCACAGAAAAGGGACUUUUGGGGAUGUGAGUCUAGUAAGGGGUGCCACCACUUUACUAAAACCCUUAAUGAAUCUACGGUAGAAGUUAGCAAAGCCCAAAAAUCGUUGAAGUUGCUUACGGGUGGUGGGUGUGGGCCAUUCCGUCACUGCCCGGAUCUUCUCGGGGUCCGCCUUCACCUGCCCGCUCUCAAUGAUGAAACCAAGGAACGAUGUAGACUGUUUGUGGAACUCACACUUUUCUGCUUUGACGUACAGCUUAUUCUCCAAGAGCCGUUGAAGGACUUGACGGACGUGUGACUCAUGCUCCUCGGGUGACUUGGAAAAAACAAGAAUAUCAUCCAGGUAUACAAAGACAAAAUGGUUCAAAAAAUCCCAUAAUUCACCAUGGCUUGGAAUACAGCAGGGGCGUUUGAGAGCCCAAAGGGCAUGACCAAAUACUCAAAAUGCCCCAGUGGAGUGUUGAAAGCGGUUUUCCACUCAUCUCCAUUUUCGGAUUCUGACAAGGUGAUAAGCGUUCCUGAGGUCGAGCUUGGAGAAAACUGUGGCGCCAUGCAGAGGUUCAAAAGCUGAGUUGAUGAGUGGAAGGGGAUACUUGUUUUUAACAGUUAUGUUGUUUAAACCCCUGAAAUCGAUACAGGGGCGUAACGACUUGUCUUUCUUUUCAACAAAAAAGAAACCUGCACCCAAAGGAGACGACGAGGGACGGAUUAUGCCCGAUGCCAGAGAAUCACCAAUAUACUGCUCCAUUGCCUCUCUUUCCGGUCGGGACAGAUUGUAUAAGCGACUAGAGGGCAAGGGAGCACCAGGAAGCAGUUCAAUAGGGCAAUCAUAAGGCCUAUGUGGUGGUAGAGACAGAGCCUUGUCCUUACUGAAAACCUCAGCUAAGUCAUGGUAUUCUUUGGGGACAGAUGACAGAUCGGGAGGAGCUGAGGGAUGAGUAGGGUUACACUUAGUGGGGGGAACCGCUGACCUAAGGCACUCUGAAUGGCAGUUAGUGCUCCAACUGAGAAUGGUGUGACGUGUCCAAUCAAUUUGUGGGUUGUGAAGAGCCAACCAGGGGAAGCCAAGGAUUAGGGGGGUAGCUGAGCCAGAUAUAACUCUUAACUGAAUGCUUUCACAAUGAUUGCCAGAAAUCACUAGGGAAACGGGGGUGGUUUGAUGAGUUAUCUCCGCGAGGAGGCUGUGACUCGAAUGGGGGUAGGUAGUGGCUCCACGGGGAUACGAGCUUGUGUAACGAACUGGUGGCUAAUAAAGUUGUCUUCUGCACCUGAGUCUAUGAAAGCUGAGAGUGGCAGGGAAUGACUCUGGAAACGUAAGGAUACAGGUACUUGUAAUCGGGGAAUGAUGGGUUCAGGAUCUAACUCUGAGCUCGCAAGUAGACCCACCGUUACGAGCGAGCCUUGUCUUUUGGUCGCUUAGGGCAUGUAGCCAGAAUGUGUGUGGCGUCUCCACAGUACAGGCACUCACCCGCCUGGAGGCGCCGUUGCCGCUCUGCCGUUUUUGUUUUGUCAUUAUGGGGUAUUGUGUGUAGAUUGAUGAGGGAAAAAAACGAUUUAAUCCAUUUUAGAAUAAGGCUAUAACGUAACAAAAUUUGGAAAAAGUCAAUGGGUCUGAAUAUUUGUAUGUCGCUCUGGAUAAGAGUGUCUGCUAAAUUAUGUAAAUGUAAAUGAAUACUUUCCGAAUGUACUGUAGAUGAAGUUAUUUUAUUUUUUUAAUACAGAUUGACCAAUGGUUUUUAUAUAAAUAGUGAAGGGAAUGGGUCCCAAAAUCGACCCCUGUGGUGCACCUUUAUGUAUUUCAAGAAAUUCAGACUUAAUAUACAGUGUGGUCCGAAUUGAUUGAUACCCUUGAUAAAGAUUAGCAAUAAUGACUGUAUAAAAUAAAUAAUUCAAAUACUGAGCUAUAUUGUAACCAAAAAAAAAGGGGGAAAUUAUAUAAUUUUAUACUAAUACAAUUGCUCAGAGAUUUUGUUUAACAAGUAAUUUGAAAAAAUCUUUAAAAAGUAGGGGUCAAAAUUAUUGACACCCCUAAAGAUUCUUAUAAAUAAAGUAGUCAAAAGUUUAGUAUUUGGUCCCAUAUUCCUAGUACGCAAUGGCUACAUCAAGCUUGUGACUCUAAAAACUUGUUAGAUGCAUUUGCAGUUCGUUUUGGUUGUGUUUCAGAUUAUUUUGUGUCCAAUAGAAAUGAAUGGUAAAUAAUGUGUUGUGUCAUUUUCGAGGCACUUUUAUUAUAAAUAAGAAUAGAAUAUGUUUCUAAACACGUAUACAUUAAUGUGGAUGAUACCAUGAUUAUGGAUAAUCCUGAAUGCAUUGUGAAUAAUGAUGAGUGAGAAAUUUACAGAGGGUCAAAAAUCAUACCCCCAAGACAUGCUAACCUCUCAAGUCUGUUCUCGAGACUACAUAUUGAGUGUACAUUUGUACUCGGUCUUGAUUCGGUCUCGGACAGUGAGGACUCAUAAUUUCUUCCCGAGACCAACGGUGUAAAGAGCUCAUAAUUAUAUAUACACUCUUUCUUGAAACAUUCAUAUCUUAACAGCCUUUAUAUCUAUUAUAGACAUGUUUUUGCAGUGGCGAACAUAUAGGCCUUCAGUGUGUGACAGGUUCGUGAUUCUGAAAGAACAUCAACCGUAAUGCAAGCGCACUGAUGUAGGAGAGUGCACUUUUUGUAAAACACAAAGGUCUAGUAGCGUAGUGGAGGGUAUACGACUUAUCAAUGAUGUAGUACAAUAGAGAAAUCAUGCACAAAGUAGCCUACACAAUCACAAAGCACGUGAAAUGUAUUCACAUGCGCGCGCCCCACACAGGCUAGUUACAACUGAAUAUAAUCUGCGGCUCUCAACUGGUGCAUGGAGCAGCUUAAAGAAGAAUGACAUCGGUAGCCGGUAGGAUAGGAAAGACGUUCCAACUGAUGAUAUCUACCAGAAAAUGCUAACUAAGGCAACAGUGGGUAUGCAAACCAGUUAUUCUUGAAAAAGGAGAAGCUAACAAAUUAGCAACAACAUCCUCUUUGAUAACACCUGCUGCAGCCUCUGCAAACUAACUGACAACAAAAACUAGCUAGCUAGACCGUGGGAAAACUACUGCUCGCUAUUGCGCAGUGACCUGUUGGCCUUCAAGAAGGCAGAAGUUUCCAUACAUUUUUGUAAAAACAGUCCCACUCAUUAAGUCAAAAUGUGAUUAGUUGAUUCCACUGUCACUCCAAAAUGUUGCCCUAAUACAGUUGAAUGGCAGAUGCCUUUAUCUAGCUUCUGAUGGCCUAGCCAAUGGCUGACUUAGCUAGCUAGAUUUAUCUCCCCAGAGAGAGCAAAGAAAAAUCCUGAUUGGAUCUAUAUGUCUAUAUGGAAACAGAGUCUAUAUGGAAACAGAGUCUAUAUGGAAACAGAGUCUAUAUGGAAACAGAGUCUAUAUAGAAACAGAGUCUAGAUGGAAACAGAGUCUAGAUGGAAACAGAGUCUAGAUGGGAACAGAGUCUAUAUGGAAACAGAGUCUAUAUGGAAACUAAUUUAAUGAACCCCCUACAGAGUUCCUAUAUGGAACUAAUUUAAAUGGAAACUAGUCUCUAUGGAAACUACUCUAUAUGGAAACAGAGUCUAUAUGGAAACUAGUCUAUAUGGAAACAGAGUCUAUAUGGAAACAGAGUUUAUAUGGAAACUUGUCUAUUUGGAAACACAGUCUAUAUGGAAUCUAGUUUUUUGCAUGGGUGGAGUUGGCUGGCACAGACUGGGUUGUGGGUGAAGCAGGGCCAGGUGCUCGUGGCGCAGACUUGGCACUGGGAGGAAGCAGGUUGGACUGUAGUGGGAGCAGCCUGGAUGGGCUGGCAGCAGGUUGACUGUAGUGGGGAGCAGCCUGGAUGGGGCUGGCAGCAGGUUGGACUGUAGUGGGAGCAGCCUGGAUGGGGCUGGCAGCAGGUUGGACUGUAGUGGGAGAAGCCUGGAUGGGGCUGGCAGCAGGUUGGACUGUAGUGGGAGCAGCCUGGAUGGGGCUGGCAGCAGGUUGGACUGUAGUGGGAGCAGCCUGGAUGGGGCUAGCAGCAGGUUGGACUGUAGUGGGAGCAGCCUGGAUGGUGUGGGGGAUUUAUUAUUCUCAUAAUUGAUGGGAUGACUAACUUAGAAAGAAUGCAUUCUAGACUGUGCUAAUGUAGGUUGUGUCACCUGGCAAGCUGUGAUUGAUGUGAAGAGCUGUUUUAGGGGGUAAGAUAAGAUAAUAAUUUGUGUCUCCAAAUACUAGACUAUACUGGUCCUUUGUGAUCUGUGAACCAUCCUUGGAUGUAGGAAUGGUGUCUAGGGGAGCUGGCUCUUCUCACCUUGAUAGGUUGUUAUGAUAAACGUAUGCCUGGCAACAGGGAUGCGCCAAGGGACUGGGACUAGCCCGUGCGCCAACGGAUUGGCUGAGUAAGUCUAAACCACGCUCAGCCUCUACUCUGAUAGGCCCAGCAGAGAGCGGGAACUGAGAACUGUCAGAGUAUUUGAAGAACAAUCUAAAACAAUGGAUUAGUUCUCUGUCUGCCCUGCGAGGUAUUUCAGGGAGCCCGUAUACGAACCACCAUACUUAUCAUACAUACAUUUUGCAUAUAAUAAAUUUAGCUUGGAUUGAAGAUCUCUUGAUUCUUAUUCCAAUACCAGAUUUGAAUUACGCAAUUUCUAACAAUGGGGCUGGCAGCAGGUUGGACUAUAGUGGGAGCAGCCUGGAUGGGGCUGGCAGCAGGUUGGACUGUAGUGGAAGCAGCCUGGAUGGGGCUGGCAGCAGAGAAGUCAGCAGGGGUGGUGGUGAAGUCAUCCAGAAGAUUACCAACUGUGGGGUCCAUUGCAGAGUCCUCAAAAUCAGUCUCCUCCAAGUCAGUGUCCAUGUCCUGUAUGGCCUUCCCAGUCUGCCUGAGCAGGUAGUCCACACACCAAUCAGCUCUCCUGAAAAUGAAAAAGACAGCAGAAUGCAAAACAAGACAAUAAUAGAUGAAUAUGAUUACUCACAAUAUCGUCAUCAAAUCAAAACACUGACACAUACACUACAUGACCAAAAGUAUGUGGACACCUGCUCGUCUAACAUCUCAUUCCAAAAUCAUGGCCAUUAAUAUGGAGUUGGUCCCCCCUUUGCUGCUAUAACAGCCUCCACUCUUCUGGAAAGGCUUUCCACUAGAUGUUGGAACAUUGCUGUGUGGACUUGCUUCCAUUCAGCCACAAGAGCAUUAGUGAGGUCGGGCACUGAUGUUGGGCGAUUAGGCCUGGUUCGCAGUCGGCGUUCCAAUUCAUUCCAAAGGUGUUUGAUGGGGUUGAGGUCAGGGCUCUGUGCAGGCCAGUCAAGUUCUUCCACACCCAUCUCGAUAAACCAUUUCUGUAUGGACCUCGCUUUGUGUACGGGGGCAUUGUCAUGCUGAAACAGGAAAGGGCCUUCCCCAAACUGUUGCCACAAAGUUGGAAGCACAGAAUUGUCUAGAAUGUCAUUGUAUGCUCUAUCGUUAAUAUUUCCCUUCCCAAAACAGCACCAGACCAUUAUUCCUCCUCCACCAAACUUAAUAGUUGGCACUAUGCAUUGGGGCAGGUAGCUUUCUCCUGGCAUCCGCCAAACACAGAUUAGUCCGUCGGACUGCCAGAUGGUGAAGCGUGAUUCAUCACCCCAUAGAACACGUUACCACUGCUCCAGAGUCCAAUGGCGGUGAGCUUUACACCACUCCAGCCAACGCUUGGCAUUGCGCAUGGUGAUCUAAGGUUUGUGUGCGGCUACUCGGCCAUGGAAACCCAUUUCAUGAAGCUCCCGACGAACAGUUCUUGUGCUGACGUUGCUUCCAGAGGCAGUAUGGAAUUCAGUAGAGCACUUACAGAGGCUGUAGCAGAGGAGAGCACUUACAGAGGCUGUAGCAGAGGAGAGCACUUACAGAGGCUAUAACAGAGGAGAGCACUUACAGAGGCUAUAACAGAGGAGAGCACUUACAGAGGCUGUAGCAGAGGAGAGCACUUACAGAGGCUGUAGCAGAGGAGAGCACUUACAGAGGCUGUAGCAGAGGAGAGCACUUACAGAGGCUGUAGCAGAGGAGAGCACUUACAGAGGCUAUAACAGAGCUGGAGGUGCCCUGAGAGACAGCAGAGGCAGUGGUGGUCUUCACAGAGAAUGUAGCAGAGGGGGUCUGGGAGAAGGACCAGGUGGGCUUCACAGAGGCUGUAGCAGAGGGGGUCUGGGAGAAGGACCAGGUGGGCUUCAUAGAGGCUGUAGCAGGGCUGGAGAGGGGCCGGGAGAAAGGGGAAAUGGUAAAAUAGUAUUAUAUAAUAAUAUGAAAAUUAUUUGUGGGUAAACAGUAUUAAAAACAAAUAUAUUUAAACAAGCUCUUCACAGGUUAAGCUAUAUAAUAUUUACCCGAACAGGCUUCCUAGGCACAUCAUCCUGAAAUGAAAAAUAAACAUUUUUAUAUGAAUACCGACAAUAUGGUCAUGUGAUAUUUAAAACAUGACACACAAUGUAGUAGGUAAAAUGCCAUUUACAUACAGCGGUGCAGGGAUUGGGGCACUCGCAGACACUGUGUAGGGGUGGGGGCACUCACAGAGGCCAGAGGAAGGGUUGAGGCACUCACAGAGGCCAGAGGAAGGGUUGGGGCACUCACAGAGGCCAGAGGAAGGUUUGAGGCACUCACAGAGGCCAGAGGAAGGCUUGAGGCACUCACAGAGGCCAGAGGAAGGGUUGAGGCACUCACAGAGGCCAGAGGAAGGGUUGAGGCACUCACAGAGGCCAGAGGAAGGGUUGAUGCACUCACAGAGGCCAGAGGAAGGGUUGGGGCACUCACAGAGGCCAGAGGAAGGGUUGAGGCACUCACCGAGGCCAGAGGAAGGGUUGAGGCACUCACAGAGGCCAGAGGAAGGGUUGGGGCACUCACAGAGGCCAGAGGAAGGGUUGGGGCACUCACAGAGGCCAGAUGA